AUGAAAUAUUAGUUCUUCUUAUUAGAUUUUUUUUUCUCAUUUGAAGACUGAGUUAGCAUUCGACUCGGAAUGCAAUUAUACGAUCGUUUACAAUUGCAAUAUUAUGCAACUCUCUUGAAAAUAUCACAGAAUAAAAUCUUUAAAAAUUGGAGAUCUUACCACAAUAGUUUAAAUUUAUCUAAGAUCAAUACUUAUUCUUCUCGUAAAAUAAAUUAGUUUUCCUGGAAACGUCACAAUUUGCCAGACGUUCUAUAGGUUUCUCCACAUAUAUCUACAAGAAUUUAUGUUUUCGUUUACCCAGAUAAAUUGGUCGCACUAUACUGAUAUUUCAACUUUUUGUGGAAGAAGUGUCAGUUGAAAUAUGUCUACGAAACCUACGUUUCGCUUUUGGUACUUGAAGGACAAUUAUAUAUUUUUUGAAUGAAUUUCAGUCACAAUAUAUCGAAAAGCUCUCUCAGAUCUUCGUCAUCUUCUAGCAAAAGUAUUUAUCAACCGGAAGAAAUAAUAAAACUUGAAAACAUAAUUUCAACUCUUCAACAUAACAACGAAACUUUAAAAAAAUCUUUGGAGAAGAGAGACACUGCGAUAGCGAUUUUAACAAGAGAGAAAGAAAAAAUAUACGAAGAACUGAAGUGCGCACAGAGGACAAAUCGAAAUCUUUACCAGCAGUUAACGGACGAGAGGGAUAUUCAUUUUAAGGAAAAGGAAUAUUUGGUACAAGACAUUAAAAGGUUAUCUAUAAGACGUGAUACAAACACAAUCUUUGAAACUCGUUGUGAAGGAGAAGGAUUAUUUUCGUCAUUUGAAGAGGAAAUCCAAGAAAAAGAUCGUAUAAUUUACAACAUAUGUACGAAAUAUUUAAAAGUGAAAUCAAGCAAAAUGUCUUUGCAAAAAAGAUUUCUGAAAUUACAGAAGCAAAGUAAAAGGAUGUGCGAUAACAUAGUGUCCAUAUUAGAAGAAAAUAGAGUCGUUUUGGACGCGCUACUCAAUCGUUUAUUAAAAAUGUCUCAUAUAUCGAAACCUGGCAAAAAGUUUAUUAAACUAUUGCAAAUUAACACCAGGCUGCAUUACGAAAAUACACAACUAAAAAUACAAAUGACGCAUGAAAAUGAAAUUAGUUCAAGAAGAGGGUUAAGCUUAUCAAAUAUUAAAUUCCAGAAAAAUUCUAUUUCUGAGGAGAAAGAUAAAAAUGUACUAAAAACCAGGAAAACACAGCUAAGGCGUUCAUUAUCGACGAAUGCUACAUAUUUUAUCAGACGUCAUGAAGGUUUAACUAAUUUUAAAAGUUUGCACAACAGCUUAUCGCCGCAUUUUCGUAAAGAAAAUUGUAAAUCACAAUCCGAUAGCAACUUGCUUUAUUUUAAAUAGAUUUAUAAUAAACUGUUUUCCUAUU